AUGAUCUCUCUGCGCCUGUCUGCGCCCGUCGCUGCCGCCCAGGCCUCGUCGGCCCCGCGCAAGGCCCGGUUGUCGUCCUCCGCCUACCUCGGCGCGGCCCGCAACCUGAAGGCUCGUGCCCUCUCGGGCGCCGCCAAGGCCCAGACUGUGCGCCAGUCCGUCGUCGUGCGCUCCAGCGCGAUGGCGGAGACUGCUGACGGUCUGCAGACGCCCCACGGCGGCAAGCUGGUCGACCUCAUGCACCAGGGCGACGCCGCUGCCCUCAAGGCCGAGUGCAAGCACACCAUCGAAUGCUCGGACCGCAACGCCUGCGACGUCGAGCUCCUGUGCGUCGGCGGCUUCUCCCCCCUGGAGGGCUUCAUGAGCGAGGAGGACUACAAGUCGGUGGUGGAGAACAUGCGCCUGGCGGACGGCAAGCUGUUUGGUCUGCCCGUGGUGAUGGACACCUCGGACGACUCCAUCGCGGUCGGCGACAAGGUCCUCCUGACCUACAAGGGCCAGGACAUCGCCGUGAUGACCGUCGGCUCGAAGUGGUCCCCCGACAAGGUGCUCGAGGCCAAGAACUGCUACGGCACCACGUCGCUCGAGCACCCGGCGGUGCGCAUGAUCUCGAUGGAGCGCGGCAAGUACUACAUGGGCGGCCCCGUGGUCGGCCUCGAGAUGCCCAAGCGCGAGUUCGUCGCGCAGACCCCGCGCGAGGUCCGCGCGGACCUGCCCCCGGGCAAGGACGUGGUGGCCUUCCAGUGCCGCAACCCCAUCCACCGCGCGCACUACGAGCUCUUCACGCGCUCGCUCGGGGCGGACAACGUCGGCGAGGGCGCGGUGUGCCUGGUGCACCCGACGAUGGGUCCGACGCAGGAGGACGACAUCCCCGGGGACGUGCGGUACAAGACGUACGUGGUGCUCAAGGAGGAGACGCAGGACCCGCGCGUGCGGUGGGCGUACCUGCCGUACUCGAUGCACAUGGCGGGCCCGCGCGAGGCGAUCCAGCACAUGAUCAUCCGGAAGAACUACGGGUGCACGCACUUCAUCGUCGGGCGCGACAUGGCGGGCUGCAAGUCGAGCCUCACGGGCGACGACUUCUACGGGGCGUACGACGCGCAGGAGAACGCGCGGAAGCACGCGGCGGAGCUGGGGAUGGACACCGUGCCGUCGCUCAACAUCGUGUACACGGAGGAGAAGGGCUACGUCGAGGACGAGGUCGCUACCGCCGAGGGGCUGCACGUGCUCAAGCUCUCGGGGACCAAGUUCAGGCAGAUGCUGCGCGCGGGCGAGGACAUCCCGGAGUGGUUCGCGUUCAAGAGCGUCGUGUCUGUGCUGCGCGAGGCGCAGAACAACUGA